CCAAACAAAAGAAAAACCUCAAGAAUAGUGCCUAAUACUGACUACUGCCUACGGUAGAUGUUCCAUCAAUUUUAACAGAAACAGAAGUAGCGUCAAUGGUGAAAGUGACGGCGGAAAAGAAAUGAGAAGUGGAUCAAUUGCGUUCUUGUCCACAACUCUGCCUUCAUAUACUUCGCCUGUAAAUCUCAAAACUCUCCGAUCAUCGGCUGUUGUCGUAGCUACGCCGCUCGGCCGCCGUCUAUCUUUACUACGCAACUUCCGGAUUCCGCAAACUGGUAGUAAAGUCAACAAAAUCAGCCCUGGUCACAAUCUAUUCAGCGUUACCACUACACGUACGCUCACCCGCGUCUCAGCAUCAUCCAUGGCGUCUUCUUUUAGCCCUGAGAAAGCUAGGGUUCCUCCUGCUAUCGAUACGCCAAUUCCUCCAAUCUCCAAGUUCAAGAUUGGACUAUGUCAAUUAUCUGUUACUGCAGACAAGGAGAGGAACAUUGCCCAUGCCCGUGUAGCAAUCGAGGAGGCAGCUGAAAAGGGUGCCAAGCUUGUUCUUCUACCUGAAAUAUGGAAUAGUCCAUAUUCAAACGAUAGCUUCCCUGUGUAUGCUGAAGACAUUGAUGCUGGGAAAGACUCAUCUCCUUCAACAGCAAUGUUGUCUGAAGCUGCUCGUUCUUUGAAGAUCACAAUAGUUGGUGGAUCCAUACCAGAAAGAUGUGGGGACAAGCUUUACAAUACUUGUUGUGUUUUCGAUACUGAUGGAAACCUGAUAGCUAAACACAGAAAGAUACACCUUUUUGAUAUCAAUAUUCCUGGAAAGAUUACAUUUGAGGAAUCAAAGACUCUUACUGCUGGAGAAACUCCUACUGUUGUUGACACAGAUGUUGGACGCAUAGGCAUAGGCAUCUGCUAUGACAUUCGAUUUCAGGAACUAGCCAUGCUAUAUGCAGCUAGAGGUGCUCACCUACUUUGUUAUCCUGGGGCCUUCAACAUGACUACUGGCCCACUGCACUGGGAGUUAUUACAAAGGGCAAGGGCUGUGGAUAAUCAGUUAUAUGUAGCAACUUGCUCUCCUGCUCGAGAUGCUGAGUCUGGUGGCUAUGUGGCAUGGGGCCAUUCCACGCUUGUGGGACCCUUUGGAGAGGUAUUGGCUACUACAGAACAUGAUGAGGCAACCAUUAUAUCAGAGAUUGAUUAUUCACUCAUGGACCUAAGGAGGACAAAUCUCCCGCUACAGAAGCAACGUCGUGGUGACCUCUACAACUUGGUUGAUGUUCAAAGCCGACGUGAAACCGGAAACGCAGCAGACAGAUUCUGGAGCAGUCCUUUCAGCAGCUAG